AUGGACCAAUGCAUCAAGCUUAUCAGAUCGUGUGGGUCGCUCGCGGAGGCGGAGGAUGCCCACUCGCGAGUCUUCCACCUCCGGGAGAUCACGGCAUCCAAAUCGCUCCUCCUCUCCAACAUGAUGAUCCAGGCUUACGCGCGGUGUGGCAGCGUGGAUAGCGCUCGCCGGGUCUUCGAUUCCAUCCCUGCAGCGUCCAGAGAUCGCUACUCCUGGGGACUCAUGCUCUCUGCCUAUGCCCAGAGCGGCAAACUCGACCAGGCGCGGCAGCUGUUCGUGGCCAUGCCGGAGUGGAACCUGGCGGCCGUGAAUGCGAUGCUCUCGGUGCUUGCCCGGCUCGGGCAACUGGACGAGGCUAAGAACCUGUUUGAUUCAACGCCGGAGGCCGACGAGAUCACUUGGACUAGCAUACUCUCAGCUCACUCGCGCAGCAACGAUAUCGAAAACGCAAGGAAACUCUUUGAAGCUAUGCCGGAGUGGAGCUUAGUUUCGUGCAAUGCUAUGCUCGCAGCAUUUGCCGCGAAUGGGUAUUUGUCUAAAGCGAAAGCUGUUCUAAGCGAGAUGAAAGAAACAAAUCUGGUGUCGCUUAACACAGUACUUAAUGCGUACUCUAAGAACGGAUUACUUGCUCAAGCUAGAACCUUCUUUGACAAUAUGCCGGAGCAUAAUCUUGUUUCUUGGAACUCACUACUCACUGUACAUACCCAGAAGGGGCAAAUUGCCCAAGCGAUGGAUCUCUUCGAUCGAAUGCCGGAGCUGGAUCUCCUGGCCUCGACCUCCAUUCUAUCCGCUCACGCCCAAGCCGGAAACCUCUAUCAAGCAAAAUCUCUCUUUGAUUCAAUGCCCGCCAGGGACGUGGUUGCAUGGUCUGCUAUCCUAGCAGCCUAUGCCAACGCCGGCGAUCUCCAAGAAUCCCUCUCGAUCUUCGGCCAGAUGCCCGAGCACGAUCGCUUCUCCUGGACCUCGCUCCUCAUCGUGCUCGCCCACAACGGAUUCGUCCACGAGACAAAACAGCUCUUCGACUCCAUGCCGGAGCGCGACGCCGUGUGUUGGAACGUGAUGAUCGCGGCGCUGGGGCGCAAGGGCCUGCUGGACCGUGCGCGCCAGGCGCUGGAUCGAAUGCCCGAUCCAAGCCUCGCGGCCUGGAACGCGAUGGCAGUGUCGUGCGCGCAGCAUGGCGCCCACGACCGCGCCGCGCGGAUCGUCUCCUCCAUCGCCAUGCAAGGCCUCGAGCCCGACGACAUGUCCUUCAUCUGCGUCAUGCUCGGGAUCACGCACCGCGGCGACGCGAGCUCCGGCAUCCAUCUCUUUCGAUCAAUCGCCCAGGACUUUGGGCUGGAUCCUCCCAGCAAGCAGCUCCACUGCUGCGUGAUCGAUCUGCUGGGACGGGCGGGGCGGCUGGACGAGGCCGAGGAGGUGAUCCACAGCAUGCCGUUUGAGCCCGAGUUCCAGGACUGGCAGUGCUUGCUCGCGGCUUGCAAGAGCCACAGGGACGACGAUCGAGCGGCGCGCAUUGCAAAGUAUCAGUCCUCGAGCCGCACGUCCAUCGCGAAUGCCGCGCCAUAUCUCAUCGUCGCGAGCAUGGCUUAG